GAUGGAAACGAAAAAGAAAAUCUCUAUUGAUUCAGCUCUAAAUGAAUGUAAGAAAGCUAAUGCGUCUUUGUUCUACGUCUCCAAUUCGGUAUUUGAUUUUUUGAUGGAAAUAUCUGGUGACGAAAAAGACAAAAGGAACUUGCCCGGAAAAAUCUACACGACAACCGAUACGAAAGGAAGAGAUUAUCUUACUUUCGUAGACAAGGUUCCAUACAAAUUUCACGGUUUUACAAUUCAAUUCAAAUCAAACUACUUUGAGUUUAACAACAAAAACAAAUGCUUUUAUAUGGAAGAAAUGAAAUAUGGAUUUUCUCCGCGUUACACCGUCAACGAGUUCUAUUGCGAUAAAAGAUUUCUAGAUAAAUUCUACUGUAGACGUCCAAGUUAUAUCACUGUCUCUCUAUCGAAGGAAUUGGAGAACAGUGGCAAUUUUUCCAGCUGUCCUCAUGGAUUUUUCCGUUGUGUUGAAGAUGAUUUAUGCAUCAAUUCCAUCAAUAUUUGCGACGGACAAGACGACUGUUUUUCAGGCGAAGAUGAAAGAAACUGUUCAACCGUUCAAGAAUUCCAUUGCAGUUCCAAUCAAAAAAUUUCAGUUCAGUUUGUCUGCGAUUUUGUUUACGAUUGCCGCAACAAACUAGACGAAGUAAACUGCGGUAAUAGAAAACAAAAACACUGUAAACUCUAUAUAUACAGUAUAGCGAGUGUUAUUUCAGAUACGCCAUUAUGCAAUAAGGAAAACUCUUGCGACAAUAGACAAUGUAUUGAAGAAAAAUACUUUUGCGACGAUGAAAAGCAUUGUUUCGAUGACAGUGAUGAAAAAUGCAACCUUGGCUAUUCAACAAUCAACGAAACAAUGUUUACAAAUGAUUAUGUGGAAAAGAGACAAUGUCAACAGUAUAAUAAAAUACCAUGCGACAAUAAAUGCAUCUCUGAAGAUGAUCAGUGCAACCUACAACCGGAUUGUUUUGACGGAAGCGAUGAAACACAGAAAGUUUGCGAUAAUAAAGUUUUCAACGUCUCGCGAUGUGGUCAACUAAAAGAUAUAAUGAAAUAUAAAUGCCAACUUGUCUACAAUUCAAUGGGAAAGUUGCUAACAAAAGUACACUUUCCCUUUUCCUCUUUGACCGACUGUAACGUUGAAAAAUGUCAACAUAGUCAAUAUUUGUGCUACUCCAGUAAAUAUUGUAUAUCAAUCAAACAAGUUUGCGAUGGAAUAUCACACUGCACACACGGCGACGAUGAAAGUGAUUGCGGUAAGAAUUUUUCCAGAUUUCUCCUGAAAAAAAAAAACACAAUUCGCAUUCUCCCGUCUUACAUUUCAUUGCAGAGAAUUUUCGACCGAGAGGAUACUUUAAAUGUCGAAAUGAAAAGACUUUUCUACCGAUCGACGACGUCUGCAAUGGUAUUGUUAACUGUCGAAAGGGGAGCGACGAACUCUACUGCAAUGUCACUUCUACAUGUCCAACAUAUUGCACUUGUCAUAGAUUCUACUCGAUAG